AUGAGUUGCAGACAGAUCCCGUCUUUCUGGAGCUGCAGCAGCUGUGGAGGCGGCAGGGUCAGCGGGGGUGGCGGGGGCGGCGGGGGCGGCGGGGGCAGCGGGCGGUCUUCUUUCAGUUGCUCCUCACCGGGUGGCGGAGGAGGAGGCCGCUUCAACUCUUCCAGUGGCUUUGGUAGGGGUGGCUCUCCGGCUUGUGGCAGUGGAGGUGGUGGCAAUUUUGGCUCCAGCCAUGGUGGAGGGUUUGGAGGGGGCAUUAGUGCAGGGGGUUCCAGCAGUAUGUUUCGGGGAGGCUCCAAAGGCUUCGGUGAUGGUGCUGGAGGUUUUGAUGGGUCUGGGGGCUUUGGUGGUGGCUUUGGAGUUGGGGGCUCUGGGGGUGGCUUUGGUGGUGGUGCUGGAGGUGGUGAAGGUGGCAUUCUGAACAACAAUGAGUAGGCCAUCAUGCAGGGCCUCAAUAACCAACUGGCCUCUUACUUGGAUAAAGUACAGCAAUUGAGCAGGGAUCAAAUUUCCUCUCUCUCUCUCUCUCUCUCUCUCUCUACUCAAUUUGAUGUUUCCUUGUUUCCUUGUUUCCUUCCUUCCUCCCUCCCUUCCUCCCUCCCUCCCUCCCUCCCUCCCUUCCCAACCACUCUCUCAUGGCUUUUACAUGCUGUCUCGUCCCUUUCUAGAUUGUAGACAAUGGGCAACAACAAAAUUCUUCUGGAUGUAGACAACACCCGUAUGACAAUGGAUGACUUCAGAAUUAAGUUUGAGAUGGAGCAGACCCUGCGACAAGGGAUAGAUGCCAACAUCAAUGGCCUGAAGAAAGUGCUGGAUAGUUUGAACAUGGAGAAGUCUGACCUGGAGAUGCAAUGUGAUACUUUGCAGGACGAGCUGAAUGCCCUCAGGAAGAACCAUUGGGAGGAGAUGAGCCAGCUGAUGGGCCAGAAUGACAGAGAUGUUGGUGUGGAGAUAAAUGUUGCUCCGAGCAUAGAUCUCACGGAGACGCUCAACAACAUGCGCCAGGAGUAUGAGCAGCUCAUUUCAAAGAGCUGCAAGGACAUCGAGAAACACUUUGAGCAGACUUUUGGUUUGCAGAUGACCCAGAUUGAGCAGGAGAUGACAAAUAAUGGCCAAGAGAUGGAGAGCAACGUGAUGGAGGUGUCCCAGCUCUGGCACAGUGCUUGGGAAUUGGAGAUCAAGCUGCAGAUUCAGCUUAGCAUGAAACCAGCCCUGGAGAAGGCCUUGGAAGACACAAAGAACCACUACUGUGGCCAGCUGCAGCAGAUCCAGGAACAGAUCAGUGAACUGGAGGCCCAGCUUGCUGAGGUCCGGGUAGAAACUGAGUGCCGGAACCAGGAAUACAGCAUUCUGCUCAGCAUCAAGACAAGUCUGGAGAAGGAAAUUGAGACCUACCACAACCUCCUUGAAGGUGGCCAGGAAGACUUUGAAUCUUCUGGAGCUGGACAAAUUGGCUUUGGAAGUAGCAAAGGAAGACUAGGAGGAAGUGGAGGCAGCCAUGGAGGAAGUGGAAGCAGCUAUGGUAGGGGAAGUGGAGGCAACCAUGGUGGAGGAAGUAGCUCUGGAGGAGGAAGUGGAGGUAGCUAUGGUGGGGGAAAUGGGUCCAAGGGAGAAAGUGGAGGGAGCUAUGGUGGAGGGGGUGGAUCCAGGGGUGGAAAUGGAGGUGGUCAUAGUAGAGGAGGUGGCUCCAAGGGAGGAAGUGGAGGCAGUUACAGUGAAGGAGGUAGUUCAGGAGGAGGAAGUGGAGGCAGCUAUGGAGGAGAAGGUCGAAGGUCAUCUCAGGCCCAGUCUUCCUCCUCAAAGUCUGCUGACUAUGAUGAUUCACAAGGUAACCAGAUGCACUGCUAG